UUCUAACCUCAUAUCCCCCGUUUCAUAUUAUACACACUUUUGUCUGGAAUUGACAACGGGACGUGCGUUUUUUGUCAAGCCGUUCCAUAUCAUAUAAAAAGCACAGAUCUAUAUAUUACAAGAGGUGAACAAAGGUUUGUUUUAGCAGAAAUGUCGACCACGCUAAACUUUUACUGGGACCUCGCGUCGCUGGAUGAGAGCAAGCGCGUUGCGGCGGCGGCGCAGCUGAUCACAUCUCUGUGCGAGUUCCAGGCGGCAAUGCCGGCGAGCACAGAGGUGGCGGCGACGGAGGAGGAUCUGGGUCGGAUAUGCGCGUCGGACGUGGCAUACGCGAUCAAGCGUCUGAUCAAGGGCCUGGCGAGUCCGCGCGACGGGGCGCGGCAAGGGUUCUCGCUGGCGCUGACAGAGCUGCUGGCGCGGGUGCCGUGCAUUUCGUCGAAGGUGGUACUGGAUCUGCUGUGGAAGCACUGCGCGGCGACAAGCAGCAUGAAGGGGCAGGAGCAGCGGGACAUGCGGUUCGGGCGGGUGUUUGGUAUCAUGGCGCUGGUGCAGUCCGGGGCGUUGGCACGCCCAGCAAGCACGACGGCAGCGGAUAUCAAGCGGAUUGUGGUGGAGCUGACGCAGAUCGGGGCGAAAAAGACUUACUGCCGCGAGAUUUGCUAUGUGACGAUGGCGUCGCUGGUGCCUGUUCUGGCGGCUCACGAGGACCGCGACUCGCUGAUUGCGCAGCUUGUGGGGAUUGCCUUGAACAAGGGCAUGGUGGAGACGCCGGACGAGCUUCUGCUGGCGCUGCGGCUGCGGCGUGCAUUCCCAGAGUUCGACUGGCACACGGCAUUCCCCAAGUGGCAUGGCGCUCACCUGCUGUGCCGCGAGAACAUGGGCAAGCUGGCAAGCAUCCUGAGCGAGUCGUCGAGCGACAACCCGGCGCUGUUCUCGAGCUGGCACCCGCAGCUGCACACGGUAUGGGAUGAGAUCCUCGAUUUGUACUUUGGCCAGGCACGCGGUGCGGAGCGCACGCAUGUGGCAGGCUUUGCGCAGCUGUGGGAUGCGGUGGUUGAUGGGCGGCUGUUUGCUCCGGGCGGAUCGCAGUUCAAGCGGUACUGGGGAUUCCUGCUGCUAGACCGCGUGCUGCCGCACAUGAGCCAGGCGAUGAUCCCGACGCUGAUGACGCCCAAUCUGGUGCGGUGCAUGUCGGAAAACGUGUCGGUCAAGAAAAACACGCCGCUGGCCAAGGUCGGGGCGCGCACAGCCGAGAAGCUGGUCAGGGCGGCGGAGGCCGACAGCAAGGUCGGAUUUGCAAUGCUGACGCACCUGUUGAGCCACAAGAACAGCACAGGCAGCAACAGCGGCAGCACACUUAGUGCAAUGGUGACUAACCGCAUUGUGGCGAAGCUGGACGCAAGCGCCAUCACCGACUACGUCACAUAUCUCCAGAAGCUGUACAUCAACCCGGAGGCACCGGGUAAGGACGGCGAGGAGGCCGAGGAGCUCAACACGCGGACAGCCGAGAAGCAGCGGCAGUGGGCGAUCAUGCAGAUGGUUCGUGUGGUACGCAUUGCCAAGGCCGACAACACCGACGAGGUUGUGCGCAAUGUACUGAACUUCCUGGCAGUCCAUGCGUCGCUCGAGGUGUUUGAUGCAUCCAAGACCAUUCCAGAGUGCCCUGAGGCGCCGGUUCCGCGGAUCUCAGCCAAUAACCGCGCGCAGUGCGCCACCGAUCUGCUGCAGUUCGUCGGCGAUCUCAACCGCCAGACAGGCGAGGAGAGCGGCGAUUCGCGGCGGCUGGGAGUGGGCUGCGCACGUGACGGGACCGUCUGGGCCACAGCAGCGCUGACACGCAUAGUGGCUGCGGCGAAGCAGUACGUCACGCGUCCGUUCAUUGCGAACUUUGACGAGGUGCUGCCGGAGGUGGAGGCGACGCUGAAGGACCUGAAGGCGAUAUCGGCCAAGACCGCGCAGCAGGCCAAGAGCAACAUGGACAAUGCGCUGCGGUUCCGGGCCCUUGAGCUCCUGAUCGCCAACAUCUGCCUUUUGGCGGUGCUGACCAACUCCGCCAACGACGCGAGUGAGUACAUGGAUGCGCUGGGCGAGCUGCGCGAGUGCUACGAAAAGCUUGUGCCGGCGCUUGACGGGGCCAAGAAGAAGACUCUGCCCAAGCGCAAGACGCGGGCGGCAGCCAAGGCCGAGGAGGAAGGGGAGCCGAUGCCGGUGGAGGUGCUGACGGAUAUUCUGAUCAGCCUGAUGACCAAGGAGUCGGCGGCGGUGCGGAAGCUGUGCGUGCAGGUGUUUGCUCCGUUCACUGGCAUGCUGACAGAGGAUGCGCUAGAGUCGAUUCUGGGCGUGAUCCGGGCGCGCGAGGGCAUGGGCGGUGAGGACGGCGGCAAUAUUGAGACGGAGAUGGAGAUUGCCGACGACCUGGCCAUGGGCGCCGGUGAGGAGGACGAGGAGCCUGAGGAGGAUGAAGACGAGGACGCAAUUGCACCGGAGCAGAUCGAAGCCGUCGACGAGGAGCUGCGUCGCAAGAUCGAGGAGGCACUGGGCGACGGUGUGGUUCGCGACGAUGCAGCCAGCGGCUCGGAGGGGGAGGAGUUCGAUGACGAGCAGAUGACGGUGUUCGACGACAAGCUGGCGGAGAUCUUUGCCAUCAAGAAGCAGGAGAAGGCGGAUGCGCGCAACCUCAAGAUUUCGUUUGCCAACUUCAAGCUGCGCGUCUUGGACCUGGCCGACGUGUUCAUGGCGCGCCAGCCGCAGCACGCGUUCGUGAUGACGUUGCUGCUGGAGCUUGUGCGGCAGGCCAAGAGCAUCACACGCGACUCGCGCAACCGCCCAAUCUACGAGCGCAUCAUGGCUAUGCUUGACCGCCGCGGUGCCGGAGAGUUCCCGCAGGAGUUCCCCAUGGAGACGGCGGCCAGUGUGCUCGAGAUUGCCCACAAGUGGGCCAUGCGGGCAGGCGAUUUGGCGCAGCUGCGCACGCUGGGCGCCCUGUCGGCGUUCGUAUCACGUGCCGUGAUCGACACCCACGGCAAGCCCGGCGAGAAGCUGGUCAGCGAGUGCUACGCCGCUGCUCAGCGCGACUUCUUUGGCCGCAAGGCUUCGCAACUGCAGACGCCGUUCUUCCAGCCGCUGGCAGCCAAGCUGCACGCUGCCCAGCUGGCAGUGCCCUGGAAGCUGGCCACCGCCGCUGUGGCCGAGUUCGGCAAGCCCGGCGCUGCCAUCAACACGUUCCGCCAGGCCCACGUGUUUGAGCUCGCUGCGCUGACGGCCCAGAGCGCCCAGCGGCUGGCCGAGGAGGCGGGCCAGAAGACAGCUGUGCCGCUGGCCACCGAGCUGGUGGGAGCAAUGCAGAGUGCGCUUGCGGCGGUGCUGGCAUCGGUGGCUAUGCCUACUGAGGAUGCGAAGACUGUGGAGGCGGGGCGGUUUGCCGAGAUCGUCAAGCACUCGGUUGGCACCCUGCGUCAUGUGGCCAAGUGCGAGGCGUUCCGGAAGCCGGCCCGCACGGCAUUCGAGACCGCCGAGUGGACCGCGCUGAUCGACAGCGUCAGGGACUCGGCGGCAGCGCAAAAGUACAAGACUGCGGCGGAGAAGCUCCGGACCGAAAAGUGGCUGCCCAAGUAAAAGGAUCAGAUUCCCGGAUCACUGUUCCCCUCCAGUUGUUUACUUUUCUGCUUUACAUUUUUCUUUUUCAAUUCACCAAACGUCAA